AUGGCUUCCACCCCGGAAGGGGAGCCCGCUGACCACCGGGCGCGGAACUACCAAUUGGAGAUGUUCGAGGCGAGCUUGAAAGGCAACAUCAUCGUCGCGAUGGGUACGGGAAGCGGGAAAACGCAAAUCGCCAUACUGCGGAUCAUGCACGAGCUGGAGAACUCCGACGGGAAGUUGAUAUGGUUCCUAGCGCCGACCGUUGCGCUCUGUCUGCAGCAGCACAGGGUCAUCUCGCAGCACAUUCCCGCUGCAAAGUCCCGCACACUCCUUGGCCUAGACAAGGUUGAGCUGUGGACAGAGCAGGCUAUCUGGGACGCCGUCUUGGAGGACAUUCAGGUGGUCGUGUCAACCCCUGCCGUCCUUCUCGAUGCCUUGACCCAUGGAUUUGUGAGGAUGUCUCGGCUAGGACUUAUUAUCUUUGAUGAAGCACAUCAUUGCACGAAUAAACAUCCUGCCAACAUGAUUAUGAAGAAUUUUUAUCACCCGAGCCUUCGGAACUAUGGCUCAAAGGCUGUCCCCCGGAUUCUCGGUCUGACGGCCAGCGCUGCAUCCAGUCGCGGGGAACUGCAGACGAUUGAGGCGAAUCUCGGCUCCAUAUGCACGACACCCCAAGAGCACCGGCAAGAGCUGUUGGAGCAUACGUACAGACCCGAGCUGCGGCGGGUUCUGUAUACACCUCUGGUGAUAGAAGACGCUUCGGCUUGGGGAGGGACCCAAAAAGCGCUCACAGAAGCUUACAAUAUGCUGAACCUCGAGGAUGAUCCCUAUGUUCGAAAAUUGAGACGCACUUUCCCAAACGGAUCGGCGUUGCAGAAGGUCCUUUCAACUGGCAACACUUAUUGCAGCGACCAGAUGAAAAAGUUUGUUAGCAGAGCCGUCCAUAUUUUCACGGAACUCGGGGAAUGGGCAGCAGAGUACUUUAUCUGGGCGUCGAUUGAGCAACUUCGGGGCCGGACCCACAAUGGCUUAGUGAUGGACCUGGACGAUGACGAACUGAAGUACCUCGUGAAUACCCUGUCUCGGUUGCCGGUUCCUAGUUUCGAUGUUCAAUCUACUGAUCCGGCGGACUUUCCCGUCUCACCGAAAUUUGAGGCUUUGGUGUCUUUUCUACUCAGCACAAAUGAGCAGAACUUCUCGGGCUUGAUAUUUGUGCAACAGCGAGCGGUGGUUGCUGUCAUGUCCCAUCUGCUUUCCGUACACCCUUCCACGAGAGAUCGGUUUCGCACAGGCGGCUUUAUUGGAAUGUCCAACUCCACCAAGAGGAAAGAUAUGCUGGGGGACCUCCUUUCGGUGAAGAUGCAGCGUGACACGCUGGAUGACUUUCGUCACGGACGGAAGAACCUAAUCAUCUCAACUGAUGUGUUGGAGGAGGGGAUUGAUGUGAGCGCCUGUAGCGUGGUGGUUUGCUACGACAAGCCGCCGAGUUUGAAAUCGUUCGUCCAACGGCGUGGACGUGCCCGACGUCAGCACUCGACAUAUUCCAUCGUUUUGUCGACGGAGGAUGAUGAAUCCUCAUUACACAAGUGGCAGAACGUCGAGAAGGCCAUGGAAGAUGCUUACCAAGAAGACCGGAGUCGUGUGGAAGAGCUGCGUGCACUUGAAGAUCUAGAUGAAGACGUAUGCGCGUGCUUUUGCGUGGAUCCCACAGGUGCCCUGCUGACGGCCGAGAAUGCCAUGCAACACUUGUUUCACUUCUGUGCUACUCUGCCCGGUCAGAAGUAUGUUGACAACAGGCCCGAGUUCUUCUUUGAGAGACAUGACGGCGGUGAUUUGAGAGCUACAGUCACACUGCCAAGCAGCGUCAACCCCAAAGUCAGGCGUGCGGAAGGAAAGUCUUGGUGGAAGACAGAGCGUGCAGCAAAAAAGGAGGCAGCUUUUCACGCAUACAAAGCUCUUUACGAGCACGGGCUGUUGAAUGAUAAUCUCCUCCCUCUAACAAAAAGCCGAGAAUUCAGCCGUAAGGGCCUUGGGUCAUCACCGUCUUUACAGGAUGUGUCGGCACAAUAUGAUCCUUGGGCGGACUGGGCGUGUUUAUGGAAGUCGCCAAAAGUGCAUCAGAGCCGCAUUAUCAUUCGUCAAAACGGCGAUGUGGCUCAUAUGAGACUCAUCACUCCCACCGAACUGCCGAUUCUCGAACCAAUGACGCUGUUUUGGGAUAAUGAGACGACAUACGUCGUGGAAAUUGAAGCGGCGGAGCCCAUUCUCAUGACAGCUGAAGACAUUGAACGCAUGAGGACCGUCACUGAGACUUACCUACAUGCCACUACGAGUAAACCGCCAGUUGGUAAGAAUGAUUAUAUUGCUCUGUUCGGCCCCGACUUGGCGCCGGACAGUCUACCGGCCUGGCUGGACAAGAAUCAUGGACACGAGCCUGCCUCGGAGGUGUUUUCCAGCCAGAGACACCCCAAUCACAUGGGUGUCGUUCGUGACAAGUCUCGCUUUGGCGAGGUGCUCAUUUUCAAGCGAUGGCUUAAUAGGAACGACGGUCUCGAACUGGCAUGCGACUCAUAUCCCAGUAAACGAAGGAAUCUUCUCCAGAAACAAACACUGGCCCAGAAGCGUCCAGCAGACGACGAUUUACUCGAAUCACCCACAAAGAAGCGCAUUAUCUCAGCCAAGUAUUGCACGAUAGAUCGACUUCCAGCUACUGAAACGGUAUUCGGUCGAUUUAUUGCAGUUAUCCUUGAUAGAUUAGAGGCCGCGCUGGUUGCGACCAAACUAUGCCAAACUGUUCUACGAGAUAUCCAUUUCCACGACCUUAGACAUGUUGUCACAGCCAUUACAAUGCCGCUUGCCCAAGCCCCGACGGACUAUCAGCGGUACGAGUUCUUUGGUGAUUCGGUCCUCAAAUUUACCGUGGCAACUUCCCUCUUCUACAACCACACGAAUUGGCAUGAGGGCUACCUGACUGAAAAAUUGAGCGCGCUCGUACAGAAUGCCCGUCUUACCCGCGCUGCACUAGAAUGUGGUCUUGACGCCUACAUCAUCAGCAAUCGCUUCACUCCGGGCAGAUGGACUGCCCCGCUAAUUUCUGAGAAGCUAUCCACUGCUGCACCACGCCGCCAAAUGGGCGCCAAAGUCCUUGCUGACGUCGUCGAAGCCCUCAUCGGCGCGGCAUAUAUCGACGGUGGUCUCCGGAAAGCACAGACAUGUAUCCGCCGCUUUCUACAGGAGUUUACACUUGCCAGUCCAAGUGUGCCCAUUCCGGAGGAUCAAGACAAUCGACCGCGUCUCAUCCAGCAAAAAAGCCUUGAAGACAGAAUUGGAUACACGUUCAACAACAGCGCACUGCUUAUAGAGGCCCUCACCCACCCGUCGUGUCAAUAUGAUGCGUCGACCCAAUCCUACCAACGCCUUGAGUUCCUAGGUGAUGCUGUGCUAGAUAUGCUCAUUGUUGAUCUUAUUCGCGUGCACGGGACUGAAAUGUCACAAGGUGAAAUGACAAAGAUCAAACAUGCGAUAGUGAGCGGACAGCUCCUUUCUUUUCUGUGCAUGGAGUUCGAGUGGACUUGGGAGUCCACAUCAUCCCCAACUAUCGACAUCGCAAAGAAGCUAGAUAUCGAGUUAACCACCCCACCUCCCAAAACCGUUUCGCUGUACACGUACGUCCGUCAUUCGCCCGCUACGCCGCUACCAAUACACGCCGAACCCGAAGCCUAUUCCUCUCCAAACGCAAUUACUCGCCACAAACUCCUUCGUGCCCAAAUCCUACACGCCCUCAACAACAAAAGAAGCUACCCUUGGUCCCACUUCUCGGCCAUUCAUGCGGACAAAUUCUUCUCUGAUAUUGUGGAGUCCAUCAUUGGCGCCAUAUUUGUUGAUUCGGGCGGAGAUUUGACGGCAUGCGCGGGUUUUAUCGAACGGCUGGGGCUCGUCAGCAUUGCGAAAAGGAUUCUGGAUGAGCGCGUUGACGUUACUCAUCCAAUGCAGCGAGUGCAGAUGAUGUUGCAGAAGGCCACGUCCAGAUUUGACAACAAUGAAGCGUUCCGGUUUGACUAUAAAACAGCUAGGGUUUCGAGCUCUGGGAAGCACAAGAUUCUGCAGGAAGACGAUGACGACCAGAAUGGAGAUGCUGAUACUGAUGAAACUGGAGACGGUGAACCAAUGCAUACAUACACAUGUACGAUUUCCUUGGCGAGCCUCAGGACUGCUCAACCUCUGGGCCAACAACUCAAUGACAUCGUCGUGACCGGAUGCCUGAGUAAAGAAGACGCCGAGAUCCGCGCCGCGGAAGCAACGAUCGAGCUGAUCAGACGCUUUGAGAACGCUGAAUUCCAUGAAGGCGCGAAAGACGGUGACUGGGAUAUGGACACCGGCGUGCCCAUGGACUUGAAACCGGAUUUGGACUUAGCCCUCGGAGCUGCUGUGCCACCAGAGGCUGAAAGCGUGAAGGUGCAUUGUUAA